AUGGCCCUUUGUCGACAGCUCUGGAAUGGCACAAGAGGCUUUGCCCCAUCUGGCAGGAGGGAGCCCCAGGAGCGAGAGCUGAGAAAGCCACCCCAGGCCCGGCCUGCCCAACUCCAGCUGCUUUCCACUCUGCAGUUUCUGCUCCCCAAUCCUGCUGUGGCUCCCUACUGCCCACCAUCAGACCACAUCACAUCUACCGGCCGGGAGCCAGCUCCCCCAGGAAGCCCGCACUGGACAGUCACUUGCAGCAGGGCACACAGUGCCUGUCACACCUUCCAGAUUGCUGCAUUAAGAAUGUUCCCCCGGAGGAGCGCGUCCCCUGGUGGCCGGUUAGGUCCUCCCGGCAGCAUCGCCGACCCUGGGACAGCAGGAGGUGAGCGGCCGGCGGCGAGCCGAGCUUCCGGGUUCCAGAGCCCCGUCCCGCGGCUCCCAUUUCCUCCUGAGCUCCCCGGGGGUCAGACCGAGGAGGAUGCAGGCCAGGGGGACCCUGACGCCGAGAGCGCUACUGCCAGGGGUGGCUUUGGGGUCCGGGAGCCCAGCCAGAAACGCGGCAAGGCCCCAAGGAAGCAUCCUCGCUGGGCCCCGCCCCCUCCUGAGAGCAGUGACCGCGCCGAGGCCCGGGAGCUGCUUCCUUCUUCUUUCUCAUUGGUCCACGAGUGUGAGCAGCCAGAGGUGAAAAACAGCAGCAGUCUGCAGAGAAUGGGCUCCUCCGAAUCAACUGACUCAGGUUUCUGUCUGGAUUCUCCUGGGCCCUUGGACAGUAAAGAAAACCUUGGGAAUCCCUUGAGGAGAAUACAUUCCCUACCUCAGAAGCUCUUGGGAUGUAGCCCAGCUCUGAAGAGAAGCCACUCCGAUGUUCUCGACCAUGGCCUCUUUCAGCCCAUUGACCAGGAUGAAAACAAGGAAAAUGAAGCCUUUGAGUUUAAGAAGCCAGUCAGACCCGCGUCCCGUGGCUGCCUACACGCCCAUGGCCGUGAGGAGGGUAAAGAGCUCUUCACACAGAGGCAGAACUCUGCCCCAGCUCGGAUGCUUUCCGCGAAUGAAAGAGAAAGCAGUGAGCCAGGGAAUUUGGUUCCUCUUUUUAUGCCGCAAUCACCUGUGACAGCCACUUUGUCUGACGAGGAUGAUGGCUUCAUGGACCUUCUUGAUGGAGAGAAUCUGAAGAAUGACGAGGGGACCCCGUCGUGCAUGGCCAGCCUCUGGACCGCUCCCCUGGUCACAAGAAGAGUGACAAAUCUUGGCAACCGAGGCCAGCUUGCUGACUCCCCUUCCGUGUGCAGCCCCAGCUCGCGGCCGGUGCUGAAGAGACCCGAGCGGUGGCCGGAGGACUCGCGGGCCAGCUCGAAGCGCAGGAGGAGCGCGGGGGGCUCUGGUCUGCAGAAGACGCCGGAGCUUCUGCAUCAUUCUUUAUCCCUGGUGCCGUCCCCAAAAGGGAGCAUUGAGAACAUCUUGGACAGUGACCCCCGGGACCUCAUAGGAGAUUUCUCCAAGGGUUAUCUCUUUCAUACAGUGGCUGGGAAGCAUCAGGAUUUAAAGUACAUUUCUCCAGAAAUUAUGGCAUCCGUUUUGAACGGCACGUUCGCCAACCUCAUUAAGGAGUUCGUCAUCAUCGACUGCCGGUACCCGUACGAGUACGAGGGAGGCCACAUCAAGGGGGCGGUGAACCUGCACAUGGAGGAGGAGGUGGAAGACUUCCUGCUGAAGAAGCCCAUCGUGCCCACCGAUGGCAGGCGCGUCAUCGUCGUGUUCCACUGCGAGUUUUCUUCCGAGAGGGGCCCUCGCAUGUGCCGCUACGUGAGGGAGAAGGAUCGGCUGGGGAACGAGUACCCCAGGCUGCACUACCCCGAGCUGUACGUGCUGAAGGGCGGGUACAAGGAGUUCUUCCUCAAGUGCCAGGCUCACUGCGAGCCCCCCAGCUACCGGCCCAUGCACCACGAGGACUUCAAGGAGGACCUGAAGAAGUUCCGCACCAAGAGCCGGACCUGGGCGGGGGAGCGGAGCAAGCGCGAGAUGUACAGCCGCCUGAAGAAGCUCUGAGGCGGCGCUGCGGGACCCGGACAGCGGGCCUCGGCUCUGCCUGCCGGGCUGGUACCAAAGACACCUGAGCGGCGGUUUGGCCCCGCGGCCUCGGGUAACCGUGGGUUUAAUUUAUUCAGCUCCGUCCAUUACUUUCUUUCUUUUUGACUCCCGGGGAC